AUGCUGGACCCCGCAGGGCACUUCACAAAAAGAAAGAAAACAUCUCUUUGGUUCACAGUCGCCCUUUUGGUAGUGUCUAUUUUCAUACUGACCAUAGGACUUGCAGCAACCACAAGAACUGAAAAUGUAACUGUGGGAGGCUAUUAUCCAGGAAUAAUACUGAUAGCAUCCAUCGUGUUCAUCAGCUUUGGAGUGGUAGCAGCUUUUUGUUGUGCAAUCGUUGAUGGUGUGUUUGCAGCGCGUCACAUAGAACCCAGGCCUUUAUAUACUAAAAGGUGCCAGUAUUAUACAAGUGGAAUUGGAUACUUAUUUGAUGCCUACCAGACAGAGGUGACCUGUUAUGCCUUAAAUAACAAAUGCCAGCUGAAAGUGAAAAGUAACACGUGUUACUGCUGUGAUUUAUAUAACUGUGAAAACUCAGAACACUCUACCAGCUAUUAUGAAUUCCUUGGGGUGAGCAGCUGUCAAGAUGUGGUUCACCUCUACCGACUGCUUUGGUCAUCCACCGUCUUGAACAUCAUUGGCUUGUUCCUUGGCAUAAUCACAGCAGCCAUACUUGGAGCCUUUAAAGAUGUGGUGCCCGUUUCCCAAAUUGCCUUCAGCUCUGCUCCACCACCACAGAUCCUUUACAAUCCUGCUCAGCAGAUCUUGACAUAUGCUGGAUUUUGUCCUUCAGCAACUUCUGUUCCUCAUUAUCCUUCCUAUCAUCUGCCCCUUCAGCCUACCGGCAAUUUCCCAACAUCUUCGUCUACUGAUGUAUCUUUAGCUGAUGACCCCCAGCCACCUUCUCAGGCCAGCUGUAACCAUGGGGUGCCUCCUAAUGCUCCUCCAUUAUAUACACCAGCCUAUUCCUUGUCAGGUGAAAAGCCUCCACCGUACGUACCGUAGCCAGUAGAUUAUUAUUCACCUGUUUUUGAAAAAUAAAAUAGCUUUGGCAGUGAGAACAAUGUGUGCUGACUAGAU